AUGGUCGAUGAAACUGCCGGAAUGGAUAAGGAAGUUAAAUUCAGAAUUCAAAGUGGAUGGAAUAAUUGGAGAAAAGUGCCAGGAGUGUUGUGCGAUGGGAGAGUUCCAUUUAGACUCAAUGGUAAGGUGCAUAAGGCCGUAGUCAGACCAGCCCUAACUUACGGCCUAGAAGCAGCACCACUGAAGAAGUUAGAAGAAAAGAAAUUGGACGUAGCCGAGAUGAAGAUGUUGAGAUGGAUGGUUGGAGUCACAAAGAGAGAUAAAAUAAGAAACGACUACAUCAGAGGUACAGUGAAAGUAGUGGAAUUUUCUAAGAAGAUUCAGGAGGCACGACAAAGAUGGUGCCAUUUGAGAAGAGCUGGAGAAGAUCACGUGGUGUACUUCAUGGAAAUGGAAGUGUUCAGACAUGGCCGAUUUACUCUCUGCACGUCAAAAGGUUAUGUACGCAAAUGCGAAUCCGAGGACCCGAAAUCUGAAACCGCUUGCCCCAAAAUAUUAGAAAUAUCUCCUAAUUAA